UGGGCCGAGGGGACGAUGGAGAAUUUCACGGCGUUGUUUGGAGCUCAAGCCGACCCACCACCGCCCCCAAGUGCAUUAGGCUUCGGACCAGGGAAGCCUCCACCUCCUCCUCCUCCUCCUCCUGGCGGAGGUCCUGGGACGGCCCCGCCUCCAGCUGCGACUACGGCUGCCCCGGGAGCAGAUAAAUCUGCGGCUGGUUGUGGCCCUUUUUACCUCAUGAGGGAACUGCCAGGUAGCACAGAGUUGACGGGCAGUACCAACCUGAUCACACAUUACAAACUGGAACAUGACUAUAAUAAGUUCUGUGGAAAGAAGGUGAAGGAGAAGCUAAGUAACUUUCUGCCCGACCUGCCAGGGAUGAUUGAUCUGCCGGGCCAUGAUAACAGCAGCCUCCGCUCCCUCAUUGAGAAGCCUCCUAUUCUUAGUAGUUCUUUUAAUCCUAUCACAGGGACCGUGCUCUCUGGCUUCCGCCUCCACACUGGCCCGCUGCCAGCACAGUGUCGUCUGAUGCAUAUUCAGCCUCCCAAGAAGAAUAAGCAGCACAAACAGAGCCGUACUCAAGAUCCUGUUCCCCCAGAAACACCAUCUGAUUCAGAUCACAAGAAGAAGAAGAAGAAGAAAAAAGAAGAGGAUCCUGAACGGAAAAAGAAGAAGAAAGAGAAGAAAAAGAAGAACCGACACAGUCCAGACCACCCGGGUAUGGGCAGCUCCCAGGCCAGCAGCAGUAGCAGCCUCCGCUAACAGAACCACUGGACGUUGUCAGGUCAACUUUUCCUGCUGUACUGAACCUGCUGACACAAGGUGUCUCCCAG